GUCCGCUUUGUGUACCUAUUUACCAGCUGACAGUGUCGCGUUUCAGCCUUGGCGUGGCGUUCGUGAGGCCGCGCGAGCCGAGCUGCUAGGUUAGCUAGCCGCCGACGGCCGACAGGAGCGGACGCUUCCCUGCCUAAGAGAGGGAGAAGAUGGAGGUUCCCUCGUACCAGUCCAAACUGCUGUGUGAGUUGAAUGAGCAACGCAAGCGGGACUUCUUCUGUGACUGCAGCAUCAUCGUGGAGGGCCGUGUCUUCAAGGCGCACCGCAACGUGCUGUUUGCUGGCAGUGGCUACUUCCGGGCUCUGCUGGUGCACUACCUGCAGGACAGUGGGCAGCGGCACAGUACGGCUUCACUGGACAUCGUCACGGCGGAGGCCUUCUCGCUCGUCCUGGACUUCCUAUACUCCGGACGGCUUGACCUACGCAGUGACAAUGUCAUCGAAGUGAUGUCUGCCGCCAGCUAUCUGCAGAUGACCGACGUGGUCGGUUUCUGCAAGGCCUACAUCCGCUCUUCGCUGGAGAUCUGCAACCGAGAGCGGGAACGGGAAGGCCUGGCUGACAGCGGCACCCCGGCCACAGCAUCUGACUCCCCGGAGGACAGCGGCAGGCUCUCCUGCUCCGAGAUGCCCAGUUCGGCAGCCACCACGGUGACCCCGCCCCCAACGGCAGCCACGCCCAUCGCCAGCCGAGACUCGGAAAGCGAGAGCUCGCGGGGGGAGUUUCCCAGCUUCCAUCCGGUGGACCUCGCCCUUAAGGGCAGCCAGGGAGACAAGGUCAACUCCUCAUCCGGCUUCCUUCUGGGCCUGGUGCACCCCAAGGCUGAGUUUGAUCCCGAUGAGGAGGGGGAGGACUCCCCAGAGGGCAAGGACACACCCCUUUUCCGAACGCCGUCCCUCGAUGGCGACAAGCCACAUCCUUCCAGCCAGGCAGCCGGUAGUGAGCUCUCCUCCCUGCCAUAUGACAACUACCAUAUGAAGCAGUUCCUGGAAGCACUGCUGCGGGGCGGGGUCGACCAACGCCGUGAGGAGCUGGUGCAGCACUUCGCCCAGAGUUUGGGCGGAGGGGUAGGGGGUAGCCGCGUAGAUGAGGGGCUGGGACUGGGGGGGUCCUCCAUCAUGGAGAUCCAGAGCGACUGGUAUGGAGAGGACACAGGUGAUGGGCUGGUGGUGCCGGUGAAACUGCACCGGUGCCCUUUCUGCCCCUACACGGCCAAGCAGAAGGGCAUUCUGAAGAGGCACAUCCGCUGCCACACUGGGGAGAGGCCAUACCCCUGUGAGACCUGUGGCAAGCGAUUCACACGACAGGAGCACCUGCGCAGCCACUCCCUGAGCGUACACCGUUCCAACUGGCCAAUCGUGUGUAAGGGCUGCCGCCGCACCUUCACAGGGGUGGUGUCCCAUGGCCUGAAGCGCUUCGGCCUCUGUGACAGCUGCACCUGCGUCACCACCACCCAUGAGGACUCCGCCCCCAUAAACCUCAGCAGCCAAUCCGAGGGCACGGAGCGCAGCGAUGGAGACACCGAUUGGCCCAUCUACAUGGACGACGCGGAGGAGGCCGAGGCCAGUGGUGAGGCCGACGACGCGGAGGACAAACGGGAACUUCGGAGGCAGCUCUCGGAGAGCGACGGGCUAAUGUAGUGGGACAAGAGGGAGAAGUGGACCUUCCUCUUUCACGGACCUGAGAUGGAGAACAGGCAGAUAUCAGAGUGGCAUAAGAGUUAAUGUGAUCCCCUUCCUGGCUACAGAAGGAGCAAAGCAGGUCCAUGGCUAGAUCCUGAUACCUUGUACCACUUUGCUGGAGCUUCAGUGUCAGCGCUUUGGGGUGGUCAGACCAGCUCAGUCCAAGCAGCCGUGGGUCUCCUUGCGAAACACAAAUGCAGGGACAUAUCAUUCCGUUUUGAAACUGUAUGUACAGUGGCCGUUUUGAGUGGGAAUUACAGUGAUCAUGUCUAUGGCCUAUCUAUCAAGCUUGUGUGUAAAUAUUAGCUAGGAACAAGCUUUUAGUGUGAUUCAGGUUGGGGGAAAAGUGCCCUUGUGUGAGGUGAGCCCCGCUCUGGAUGCGAACAAUAAGGCAAAAUGUGUAAAUAGGAUGAAUACCAAAGUGGAGGUGUUUUUGUGGAGGCGGGGGGAUAGGGGACGGGAAUGAUUUCAGACUUCAAUUAGGUGGAUGAUGUACACAUCUAUUGUUUCCCUAUUGUACACAAUAUGCAUUUUUUAAGUGUUUUGCAUUUUUUUGUCCAAUACUUUUUGUAUGGUAUAUAUUUAUAUGUGAUGUUUUGCUGCACACUAUCUAUACAUAUAAUUUUGUUUCAUUUUCCAAUGUUUUGGGAUUCUGACAAGUUUACAACAUUUAAUGUAAAUUUAAGCAUUUCAAGUUUAAAUAAAUCCCUGCUGCACACUU